AUGUUGACGCUGCCUCCGGCUAAUGCUGUCUCGGCAAUAAAUAAGAAUGAGGUCUCCACGGUGAUAAAUAAGAAUGAGAUCUCCACCACGGGUAAAGUGGCUGCUCACGUCCCCGAUCUUAUUGUGUAUGGCAACCUCUCCCAGGAAGUACCGUCCAUUGACAAUUUUGAUGGCGUCCUGCUCUUUAUCGACAUCUCAGGUUUCACAGCUCUGACGGAGACCUUCAGCUCGGGCUCCAGCUUUGAUUAUGGGGCUGACCAGCUGACCGAGACGCUCAAUCAAUAUGUGGGCGACAUCGUGGAGGAGGUGUUGAUUUUUGGAGGCGACAUACUGAAAUUUGCAGGUGAUGCAAUUCUGGCCCUCUGGAAGGUGUACCGUCGCCAUAUAAAUGACAUCAUCACCCUGGCGCUGAAGUGUAGUUUGAGCAUCCAGCAAGAGUACGGCGUUCACGAGACAGAUGUGGGACUGACGAUGCGAGUGAAGCUAGGACUAUCUGCAGGUCACAUCUCAAAAGUGAUUGUUGGAGACAACAAGCACCAACAUUUCGUGGUAAUUGGCCGGGCCGUGGACGAGGUGCGAUUGGCUCAGAACCUAGCAAAAGCUGGUGAAAUUAUUUUGUCGCCCAACUGUUGGGAGCUCUGUCACCGGAAAUUAAUUGUGGUAGAAAAGAUCCCAGAUGAACGAGCUGUGAAGCUUAAGUACAUUAAGGAUGUCCCUACGUUGGAUGAAGAGGCAUUCUAUGAAAGGUGCACAUUGCACCUGUUGGGAAAUCAUAUCUCUGAAAGUCCUGAGAUCCUGAGACAAGCAUCAGUACUGGCUCCAAAUGAAGAACUUGAGAAAGGACUGAAAAAAUUUGUGAUGAGGAACGUCUCGAAGAAGAUUGAUGAUGACCAGCCGCUGGAGUACUUAUCAGAACUACGUCCAGUUACCAUCGUCUUUAUAAACUUGCAGUUUCUUGGAAGCGCCAAUAUAUCUCAUUUGACAAAGGCCAUUCAGGAAGCCAACAGUUUUAUCACCGGAACAAUAUACCCCUUCAGAGGCAAGAUUAACAAAGUCUUCAUGUUUGACAAAGGCUGCACUUUCCUUUGUGUAUUCGGUCUCCCCGGAGAUAAGCAGGCGAAUGAAAGCACACAGGCUCUUGACUGUGCCUAUGAAAUCUACAAAUUCUGUGCUAUGUCUCUCAUGAAAAUCAAGGUCGUCUCCAUUGGAGUCACCAGUGGGACCGUAUUCUGUGGAGUAGUUGGCCAUCAUAUGAGACAUGAAUAUACAGUCAUUGGUCAGAAAGUAAACCUGGCUGCCCGGAUGAUGAUGUACCAUCCCGGAGUAGUGACCUGCGAUGAAGUCAUCUACUCGGAAUCCAAGUUGCCGUACUAUUUCUUUCAAGAGGUCCCAGUAAUUGAGAUGAAAGGCAUUCGGAAUCCUGGCCCAAUCUAUAAGUAUCUUGUCACUGAGAGAACAGUGAUCGGCAAAGCAUACCUGACCAAGCAGAGAUUUGAAGAGUAUCCUUUACUGGGUAGGAAAAGAGAAACAGAUCUCUUCGAAGCCACACUGGAAAAAUUCAAAGUCUCCCAAAAAAGCCAUAUCAUGUUGUUUGAAGGCCUCUUUGGAUAUGGGAAAAGCCAGUUAAUGGCUGAAAUUGCUUACCUAGGGCAAGCUGGUGGCCAAAAGGUUGUGGCUAUGGAGUUAGGAAAGGUAAAUGGAUCACAGAAUUUCUUCACCAUCCAGACACUCAUGGCUAUACUCCUGGGGAUUGAUACCUGCAAAACCUAUGAUGCCAGACAACGCAUCCUUCUGAACAAAAUCCGAGGAACGAUACAAGACUCCUAUUUUUGCCUUCUCAACAAGCUCUUUCAUGUUAAGUUCCCCACUUCAGAAGAGGUUUCCAAAAUGGACAAUGAAAAGAGGAAAGCGGAGAUGGAAGCAGUUCUUCUAAAGAUUCUUGGGAGGGCUGCGGAGAAAGAAUUUCUUAUUUGGAUCAUCGACGAAGGCCAGUUCAUUGAUCCUGCCUCCUGGGACUUCCUGGAUAACUUGCUGAGGGCCAUCUCCAUCUUUGUCGUGAUGUCUUUGUCUCCUUCUGAAUACAAGGGACUGAUACUCUGCUCCACUGCAACUCGAAUCCUGGGCAGUAUGGCGAACACUUAUGUUAAAUUAAAGGAGUUAACUCCUACUGUGAUUGUUCAGAAGGCCUGCCAGGACCUCGGGGUGGUCAGCAUCGCCAGGGAACUUGAGAUGUUCUUAAUACAAAGAAGCCACGGAAACCCCUUUUACUGUGAGGAGCUCCUCCGGAACCUCCACCUAAACAACGUCCUUCAGUUCUGCGUCCUAGAAGAAGAGGGAGAAAGCGAGGAUGAGUGGGAAAGCCUUUUCACCACCACGACUCUCAAGCCACAGGAGUCCAAACUCUUUGAAAACAAUGAGAAGUUAUCCUACAUUUGCACCGUCAGGGAGAAUGUGAAGCUGCACAACAUAUUGCUUCCUCCGAUAUUAAAAGGGUUUGCUCUGUCGAAGAUUGACAACAUGAACCCUUCAGAGCAGAUGGUGGUGAAGUGCGCCGCUGUCAUUGGAGUUUCUUUCAGCACUCACCUGCUGCUCCACAUCCUCCCCAAAGGGACCAAGGUGAAGAUGAACCAGACGCUGGCAGCCCUGGUGGAAACCCACGUCUUUGAGUGUUUUACUGAAGGGAAAUCGCGGCUUACAGCCAAAACCAUGGACAUAUUCGCCCACGAGCUUGGCAACCUCCCCAAGAAAACCAUAGCAGCAGAUGGGCCAGAUUCAGAUCUCGGAUUGGUCAUUUCCAAUAGCAUCAAGCAAGAGGAGGCAGUGAUACACUGCAGACUCAUGGGAUUCUGCACCCCACUGUUGCAGGAAGCUGCCUACGAGCUCUGGCUCAAGAGCCAGAAGACCAAGUUGCACCUCAUGUGCGCCAAAUACCUGGACAGCGAUGCUCACCGAUGCAAGUGCUGCGGGGAAGGAGAUUUUGUGGCCUUCCACCGCUAUGCGGUGGAUGGCAUGGUGUGGGAAACAGCCUUACAGGACCUGCAAGAUGUGUUGGAACAGGACAACGUGAGCGCGGCUGCCUCCCUCAUAGUUUCCCAAACAAUUCUUUGUCUGGAUGCGGAACAACCAGAAGAGAUGCCAAUGCUCUAUCAAACACCGUUAAACAUCGAAGACUUCUUUAGAGCGGAAGAUGCAGAAAAAACGUUUCUAUACAGGUUGGAUGAAAUCAUCUGGCUUCUUGAAUAUGGCUUGAAAAAGGUCAAGAUGGGGGGCUCGUGUAAUUGUGAAGAGACCGUGGAGUAUGUCAUCGUGCCCUUGUCCCACCACUGCAUGGCACUGGGGCACAACGUCCGUGCCUUUUAUUACUUGCUGGAAAGCGCUGCUGCUUAUGUACACCUCUCCAACAACUACAUGGCCUUUACGUAUCUGAAUACAGCAGAGAGCCUGUUAAAAUCCCUGGACCCCAAACAGAAAAUCAUUAACCCGUUUGAAAAGUCCGUUUUGUACAGUCUCAAAGGCGAGGUCUGUUACAAUAUGGGUCAGUUUAAUUUGGCAAAAAAACUGGUGAGGAGAGCUUUGGAGUUUUUGAAUAAAGGCUUCCCGGUGACCAUAGUUGGAGCCUUUUUCAUGUCCAUGGUGGAGUCUUCCAAACAUAGGUCGUAUCAGAAGAAGACGAUUUCUUGCGAAACAUCUAGCGGCAGAGAGAAAAGACUGGCUGCCCUGUAUCAGCAGUGCCACUGCCUUUCUCUGCUGUGGCAGAUCUUUAGCCUGGACCCUUCCACAAACAGUAAGAAGUUGGCCCACUUGGCGGCUCUCAUGAUGGUGAACUGUGCAGAGGAGUCUCAUAACGAGUGCCAGAUCAUCUCUUCCUACAUGGAGUUCUCGCUCUGCUGUCAGCUGUUAGGCCGUCAACAGGAAUGGAUGAAAUACGAGGCCAUGGUCAUUGACCGUAGUUCACACCUUGGGAUUGUUGGAGGAGAACUAGCUACAAUCGCUAAACUGGUGGUGUCCUUAGCCUACAUGAAGCUUUGCUUGGGGAACCUGCCUUUAGCCAUUCAAUUAGGUUACCGAGGGCAUCAAAUGUGUGUGCAGAUGAAGAAGUUUAAGCUCGACUACAGUGCUCUCGCAAACCUUUUCAGCGCUCUUUUUCUCAAUGUCAGGUACAAAGAAUCUGUACAAGUCCUGAGUUGGCUGGAGGACCUCUCCUUUCGAGAUGACAAUGUGAUUGGGAAGGCCUACUUCAUUUCUGGAUGUCUGGAUCUCUUGCUUUACGCUGGUUUUUCAUAUAAGCCAUUUCAGUACUGCCUGGACUUCACUGUUGCCAGUGAAACAAACUGCAUCCUUAUGUCUCAGAGUGGCAUCAUGCUCGGCCUGUAUUCUUCUCUGGCAAUUUGGUUUGCCAGACUUCAUUUGUGGGAAGAGUUCAAAGAACCGUUUGAACAGGCCAGAAGGCUGGUGAGGAGAACGAGCGGCUCACUGUCUGCCAAUUACGGAUUCUGCAAGUUUGUGGAAUGCGAGGCGCUGCUGCUGCAGAGAUAUAUUGACAAAAGGCCUGAGAAAGUCCGCGAGAUGCGCAAUAAGACUUUAAAGCAUUUGGAACUUGUAUUGACACAGUGCUCCACGAGCCCAGUCUACUACCCCAGGGUUUACCACCUGAAGGCGUACGUCCACUUGAUGCUCGGGAACGAUGAACAGAGCCAAACCUUUCUCAACAUGGCUUUCCAGAGCUGUAAUGAAAACAAGUUGGAGAAAUCCUGGCUGGAGUUUAGCAAGGAGUGGUGGUUCACUGGCGUGGAACCCAUGGAAGACUGGUGGUUGAAGUCAGCUCCAGAUUUUCCAGAGUGGACAUUAGGAAUGUCAGCUGUAGACCUUGAACCAUUUGAUAAAAAUAAGUACCUGCUGAAGAUGCCAAAGUCGGAUAUCGACACUCAGUUGGCAGCAACAAAGAAUAAUGACCAGAUGACAUAG